AAAAAAAAAAAAAAUUCAUUCUUUAACGUAAAAAAAAUUUAUGUUUAAAAAUUAUAUUUAGAGAAAUAUGACAUUUAAUUUAGCGUCUGAAUUACCCGAUGCAUUCGGUCAAUUACUCAGCACAGAAAUGGAUUAUAAUGUCAUUAUUCACGUUGGAGAAAAACCUAAUUUUAAGGAAUUCCAUGCUCAUUCUAUUAUCCUACGCUGUAGAUCCGAAUAUUUUAAUAAAAUAUUAGUAACUGCUGAAAAUGUUGAGAAAAAAGAUGGAAAAUAUGUAAUUAAAAAACCAAAUAUUUCUCCUCAAGCUUUUGACAUUAUUCUUAAGUAUUUUUAUACCGGUCAAGUUAAUAUUGCUAAUAAAACUGGAACCGAACUAUUGGAUUUUAUGAUUAUUUCCAAUGACCUAAUGUUGACAAAAUUAACUGAACUUACUGAAGACUUUAUUAUUGAAAACCAACAACAAUUCUUGCAAAAUGAUCCAGUUGGAAUUCUUAAGAUUGUUUAUUAUUAUAAAUCACUGGCUAAGUUACAAGAAUUUUGUUUGGAUAAGAUUUGUUCUGAACCAGAGAUUUUAUUCAAUUCUGAUAAAUUCGCUCAACUAUCUGCUCCUUUAUUGGAAGUUAUUUUAAAACGAGAUAAUUUAAAUUUAAAUGAGAUAGAAAUUUGGGAAAAUUUGAUUAAAUGGGGAUUAGUACAAGAUCAAACACUUAAAAAAGACGUCUCUAAAUGGAACCAAGACGAUUUUAAUAUCUUUAAAAGGAUUCUUUACAAGUUUAUUCCUUUGAUUAGAUUUUAUGAAAUAUCUGGUGAGGAUUACUUCAAUAAAGUUAAACCCUUUGAAGAUAUUUUAUCUAAAGAAUUAAAAGAUGAUAUCUUAAAAUUUUAUUUAAUUCCUGGAUAUAAACCAGUAUAUACACCAAGGCGCCCUAAUUAUAAUGUUGAUUCUAAUAUUAUUAAUUUGAAACACAUUACGCUUUUUGCAAAUUGGAUUGAUAGAAAAGAAAAGAAUGAUAAGAAUAUUCCUUAUGAAUUUAAUCUUUUAUAUAGAGCUAGCAGAGAUGGAAAUACAGCUGCAGCAUUUCAUGCUAAAUGUGAUAACAAAGGAGCUACUAUAGUUGUAGUAAAAAUUACAAAUUCAGAACAAAUAGUUGGAGGGUAUAAUCCACUUUUUUGGGAUUCAAAUGGUAGUAAACUUACAAGAGAUAGUUUUAUAUUCUCAUUUUCAGAUAAAAAUGACCUUCAGAGCGUAAAUGUAACUUACAGUAAUGGCGGUAACCAUUCCAUACAGUGUUUAUCCCAUUGUGGCCCAGUAUUCGGUUGUGGUGAUUUAUAUUUAGAUUUUAGUAAAGGUCCUAAUGUUUGGCAUCGUGGUUGUGGAAACUGCUAUCCUACACUUAAUUUAACGAAUAGUAUGGAUGUAGAUGAUUAUGAAGUAUUUCAAGUUAUUAAAAAAUAAUCAGAUUGAUUAUAUGUACCACAAACGUUAGUGUGUACACCAAGUAGUAGGUUAAAAACUAAGUUUAAAUGUAAUUUAGGUUAUUUUAUUAAAAUAAUUUCAAAAGUACAAGAAC